AUGGCAGAAGUGUUCUCAGAUAAUUUAAGCAGGUUCAACGAGAUUUUGCAAAGCUUGCCGCUAGAGUUGCGUCUAAAAAUAUCUUCAUUGAGUCUUCUAGAUAAUGUCUCCACACAAUUGCUGAGGCUGCUAGUCUCAAACUCCGGCUCGCCGCAGACAUUUGAAGCUAUUGAAGGUUCAUCAGGAUACCCAAUAUCUGGCGAAAGGCAAAUAUUUCAGACGUUAUUAAGACUUUUCAAAGAGAUCAGACUGAUAUACAAUGAUGGAAGUUGCUUAUUGAACGUUCACAAUGUGGCGCCCGGUAUGUGGUUGCCCAACUGCUCUGCACCUCUGCUUUUGAGAGGUCAUGAAACCUAUAUUAUGACCACUAUUCGCAAGGCAAACCUGCUGACAUAUAUGCUAACGAUCCUGGGAUGUUUCGACUAUGGAUUUGAUUUUCUGCAAGAGUCCUUUUUCGAAGUGUUCUGCCCCAAUACAGCGUUCUCCGGUGGUAGUUCGUUGGAUCAAAACGGUAAACUGUUGAAAUCACACGGAAUACUUUAUUUGGGUCUGAAAACUCAGGCAUAUAUAUCUGGGCUGAAAACAAUGAAUAAUGAAAACAAGAACGACAGUAUGGUCGAAGACGAUGAUCUUAUAUCACGGUCGAAAUGUGAACACUUCUUGGACUUGAUUUUUCCCAAUAACCUGGAUGAACUGCUUAUUUUAAGAAGAACUGAUAGAUCAGAUCAAAACCUCAGUGAAUUAAUGACGCCUUCUGAGAGAGAAUUUAUUGAAAGGUGUAUUCGCCGCAGAGAAAACCUGUCACAAUAUACCAGCUACAAAAGUUUAACUCAAGACUAUAGCUGGUAUCAUUUUAUUAAAGAACUGCUAGAUUAUAUCAACAAAAAUAUGGGAGUCAUUAUCCUGGGCCGUAAAAGUCGUGGGAAAUCAACACUCCACUCAUAUAGUAUUUCCGCAUUCGAUCCACAGGUGCUAUAUGCAUCAGGUGAAGGCAACACUGUAGAGGUCGAAGAUUCGCCAACUCAGCAGAACUCAAUGGAAAACACCGACAACGGGCCACUUCCUGGUUCUUUUGCAUCAUCUGAUUCAGUCGUUCACUUUUCCGCGGCUACGAAAGUCCUAGAUCCGAAUACGCAUCUGACAGCAAAGUCUAUCGCCGAUACGGCCGUAUCAGUAACAGCAAAUCAUUCCAUUGCCAUCAAGAAAGUCAAGCCCAAGAGGACUUGGUCUAAAGAAGAAGAGGAUGCAUUGGUGGAAGGUCUAAAAGCGGUCGGGCCUUCAUGGUCCAAAAUACUGGAUAUAUAUGGACCAGGUGGGAAAAUUUCUGAGGCAUUAAAGAAUCGAAGUCAAGUACAACUGAAGGACAAAGCACGCAAUUGGAAACUACAUUACCUGAAAUCUGGCAGGACUUUACCGGAGUAUUUAGUGAAGGUGACAGGGACCUUAGAAAGAACCUUCCGAUCCAAGAAAAAGAAUCUCAAACCUACACUCGAGUUGUCUCAAAGGCAAAGCAAUGCAUCUGAUUUGUUCCGUGCUGCGACAACGGAGCCUUCAGAUUUUGAUCCAAGUCUUCAAUCGACUAUAUAG